AUGCAAAAUAAUUUGAUUGAUGAUGUUAUUAUCAAAGACGUAUCAAAUGAUCAUGAGUUAUCACUUGGUCUUUGGAUGUUUUGCUACUCAUAUGAUGAUAGUGAUGAUGAUAAUGAUGAUGAUGAUAGUGAUGAUGAUAAUAAUGAAGAUGAUGAUAAUGAUGAUGAUAAUAACGAAGAUGAUGAUAGUGAUGAUGAUAAUGAUGAAGAUGAUGAUAGUGAUGAUGAUAAUGAUGAAGAUGAUGAUAGUGAUGAUGAUAAUGAUGAAGAUGCUGAUAGUGAUGAUGAUAAUAAUGAAGAUGCUGAUAGUGAUGAUGAUAAUGAUGAAGGUAAUGAUAAGAAAGUAACAAAGAACAACUAUGCUUAUUUAUAA